AUGGCUGGAUUUUCUAUUCCAUCCAUGAGAUGGGAGUCAGACAACCUCCCGGAGGAAUUCGCCUCGUUUAGGCAGUAUUGUGAAUUGAUUUUCGGAGGUCCGUACUCAGCGAAGUCAGCGAAAGAGCAAUGCUCAUAUAUCCUCCUUUGGAUAGGCCGACCUGGUGUGGACAUCUACAAUUCCUGGACAUUUGCAGACGAAGCUGACCGCUUCAAAGUGGACGAAUUACUUUCCCGUUUUCAGGCCCACCUGCACCCGAAAGUAAACGCGUGGCUGGCCCGUUUCCAGCUUCAACAGCAACGGCAAAAUGUGGGGGAAACCACUGACGAUUUUCUCUGUCGCUGUCGGAACUUGGCAGUGAAGUGCAAAUUUGCCGAUGCCGGUGAAGUCAACACCCGUUUGCUAGAGCAGCUGAUUGUCGGCACCCGACAUAAAACGGUACAGGAGAAGCUGUUGGAGAAGGGCGACCAGUUGUCGUCUCUUGACGAAGGGCUGGAAGUUGCGAGGACACAUGAAGCUACAGCUACCCAGAUGGCUCAGCUAACCGGGUCUCGCUCCGCCAGUGUUAGCCCUGCUGACGUAUCCUUUGUUAAAAAGUCUGCUCCGAAGAGAUCCAAGGAUUUCAAGAAAAAACAACAAAAAAAGAGUUGUCAAUUCUGUGGGAAGGAAGACCAUGAUCGUGCAGUAUGCCCAGCUCGAUCAGCUGAGUGUAAUUUCUGUAAGAAACAAGGGCACUUUGCUACUGUGUGCCAGAAGAAGCAACGAUCCUGUGACGCUGUACAUACUGUACCGCCAGAUGCGCAUGCCCCUGGCAUGUUUCUCGGCAGCGUCGAUGCCGGACGUGACCCUUGGUCUGUGUCGGUGGAAGUCAACAAUUCCCCAGUCAUGAUGAAGAUCGACACCGGAGCCGAUGUCUCUGUAAUUCCAGCAAGUGUAUUCCGCCUGUUAGAUGCGCAGGCCCUGCGACCCAGUCGUCGUACCCUGAUGUCUGCUAACUCAAGCGUCCUCGACGUAGCUGGCGUGUUCGACGCAGUGGUAACACAUGCGGGCAAGUCGUCUCGCCAAGAGAUUUUCGUUGCCAACAACCUCAAGCAGGCCCUCCUAGGACGCCCUGCAAUAGUCGCCUUGGACCUCCUGGACGUCAAGGCUGACAUCUCUGAAGUAUCGAGCGGUAUUCGCGACACCGCGACAGCACGAGCUGCAUACCCCGAUUUGUUCAAACCUCUCGGCAGGUUCACUGGAGAGCCUCACUGCAUUCGCCUCGAAGAAGGCGCCAAACCAUUUGCUCUGUCCUGCCCGCGCGACAAUGUGGCAAUACCGCUAAUGCCGAUUGUUAAAGCGGAGCUUGAGAAGAUGGAAAAGCAAGGCGUCAUCGUCCCUGUCGACGAACCAACUGAUUGGUGUGCUGGCCUUGUUGUUGUCGCCAAACCUGGAGGGGAGGCAGUCCGUCUGUGCGUUGACUACACACGUCUCAACCAACACGUUCGUCGUGAGCAGUUCGUCUUGCCGGCGGUAGACCACACGCUGGGUCAGUUGGGCGGUGCCAGGUAUUUCACAAAGCUUGACGCCAACUCUGGGUUUUACCAAGUGCCCUUGGCCAAGGAAUCCCAGAAGUUGACCACAUUUAUCACCCCGUUUGGGCGUUUCAUGUUCACGCGUCUACCAUUCGGUAUUUGUUCGGCUCGCGAACAUUUUCAGAAACGAAUGGCUCGGAUCUUGAACGGUGUGGUUGGUACCGCAUGUCAGAUGGACGACGCUCUAGUGUUCGGUAGCACUGAAGAGGAACAUGAUAACCGGCUGCACCAGGUGCUACAACGGCUCACUCACGACAACGGCGUCACACUCAACCCGGACAAGUGUCUCUUCAAAGUCACUUCUGCCAAGUUCUUGGGUCAUAUCAUCGACCAAGACGGCAUCCACUCUGAUCCCCAGAAGGUGCAGGGCAUUCAAGACUUCACGCCAUGCCAGGAUGUCGCGGAUGUGAGAAGCUUUCUCGGCCUCGUCAACCAGCUUGGCAAGUUCUCUCCCUCACUUGCUUCCGUCUCACAGCCGAUCCGCGACCUUCUCAAGAAAGGCAAUGCCUGGUCCUGGGGACCCCCUCAGCAAUCGGCAUUUGAAGAGAUUAAGGCUCUUCUGUCGUGUACGCCUGUUCUUGCUCUGUACUCUCCCGAGUACCCAACUAUUGUCUCUGCAGACACCUCGAGCUAUGGUCUCGGUGCCGUUAUCAAGCAGCAACAGCCGUCCGGCGAUUGGAAACCCGUAUCGUUCCAGUCUCGUGCACUACUGCCGGCAGAGCGUCGCUAUGCUCAAAUAGAAAAGGAAGCUCUUGGCCUCACCUGGGCUUGCAACCGAUUCUCUGAUUACCUCAUCGGUAAGAGAUUCACGCUGGAAACAGAUCACAAGCCUCUGGUGCCCCUGUUCAGCACCAGUGCUCUCGACUCUAUCCCUCCACGUGUACUUCGGUUCCGGCUCAACCUGAUGCGAUUUGAUUUCGACAUCGUACACAUCCCUGGCAAAGAUCUAAUCGUUGCUGAUGCCUUAUCUAGGUCACCUGCGUCGCGUCCUCUGUCCGCUGAUGACGUCCGCCUCCUCGACUUCGCAGAAGCUUUUCUCGACAGUGUGGUUUCUUAUCUCCCUGCGUCCGAUGCAAGACUGAGUGAGAUUCAACACCAGCAGGCUCAAGACCCAGUGUGUCAACAUCUUGUGCAGUACACUCUGUCCGGUUGGCCAAGUUUACAGUCUGCUCCAGUGUCCGUUAAGCCCUACUACGCAUCCCGGCAGUCAUUCUGUAUCACAGAUGGCCUGCUCCUCCUGGCUCGUGACAAGCCAACGCCAGUGGAGCCCCUGCUGUCCUCACGUCUUCCCGAGUUCCCGUGGCAGGAAGUCGCUGCCGAUUUCAUGCAGUUCCAAGGCUCUCAGUACCUAGUUGUCGUCGACUACUACUCCCGAUGGAUCGAGCUUGCUCAGAUGUCCCGUACUUCUGCAGCUUCUCUCAUCACGCAACUGAAGUCCAUGUUUGCGCGUCACGGCAAUCCAGAUGUGUUUGUUUCGGACAAUGGUCCCCCAUUCACAAGUGCAGAGGUUUCAGCAUGGCUUCAAGAGCAAGGAACCACCCAGCGCACGAGCAGCCCUCUUCAUCCGCAAGGCAACGGCUUAGUGGAACGCGCAGUGCAGACCCUAAAGCAUUUGCUGGUGAGGGGAGGUGAUCCGUAUGUUGCUCUGCAGAGCUAUCGUGCCAGUCCACUAGCACAUGGCUUCAGUCCUGCGGAGCUCCUCAUGGGCCGCCGCAUCCAGACGCGUUUACCCAUGUCGGCAGACGUUCGACGGCCAUACCUCGUAGAUCGCACAGCGUUUGCCGCUAAAGACGCCUCUUUGAAGUCCCGGCAAGCGUCGGAUUUCAACUCCCGCCAUCGCGCUCUCGAUGCUACGCCACUGGUCCCGGGUACCGCUGUCUUUGUUCCGGAUAGGAAAGAGCCUGGUAUUGUCACUGCCGAGCAUUCCACCAGGUCGCUUAUCGUGGAGACGCCAUCCGGUUCGGUUCUCCGCCGCAACCGCAGUGACCUCAUCGUCGAUCCGCCUGCAGGUUCUGCUAACGACGCUGUGGACAAUGGUGAGCCAGCGUCACCUGCCCAACGUCUAUCUCCAGGUACUGAGCGUUCCGGUAGAGUUACCCGUUCUGGACGUGCCGUUCAUACUCCUAUCAGAUUCCGUUAA